AUCUGUUACUUGGUCAACUUUCAUAAUUUCAAGAGAGCGGAGUCUCUCUAACAGGUCGCCAAGAUGUCGACCACCGUGGAGAAGAUCAAGGAGAUUGAGGCCGAGAUGAGUAGGACGCAGAAAAACAAAGCCACAUCGUUUCAUCUGGGUCAACUGAAGGCAAAGCUCGCAAAACUCAAGAGAGAACUUCUCACACCCUCAGGUGGCGGCGGUGGCGGUGGCGGUGCCGGCUUUGACGUGGCAAGAACGGGUGUGGCCAGUGUUGGAUUCAUAGGAUUCCCGUCAGUGGGAAAGAGUACAUUGAUGAGCAGGCUGACAGGGCAGCACUCGGAAGCCGCUGCCUACGAGUUUACAACUUUGACAAGUGUGCCAGGUCAGGUCAUGUAUAAUGGAGCACCGCUGCAAAUGAUCGACCUGCCAGGUAUCAUUGAGGGUGCUAAAGACGGCCGUGGCCGUGGCCGACAAGUCAUCGCGGUCGCAAAGACAUGCCAUUUGAUAUUCAUUGUUCUCGACGUGAACAAACCCCUCACGGAUAAACGAGUCAUCGAAAACGAACUCGAGGGCUUCGGAAUCAGAAUCAACAAGGAAGCACCAAACAUCACGAUCAAGAAGAAGGAUAAGGGCGGCCUUAAUAUUACGAGCACGGUGCCCCUAACCCAUAUAGAUCAUGACGAGAUUAAGGCCGUCAUGAGCGAAUACAAGAUGUCCUCCGCGGAUAUCACCAUCCGAUGCGACGCGACCGUCGAUGAUCUCAUUGACAUAAUAGAGGCCAAAUCCCGGAGCUAUAUUCCCGUCAUUUACGUCCUGAACAAAAUUGACGCCAUCAGCAUCGAGGAAUUGGACUUGCUAUAUCGAAUUCCCAACGCGGUGCCCAUCAGCUCCGAACAUGGGUGGAACGUCGAUGAGUUAAUGGAGGCGAUGUGGGAGAAACUGAAUCUGGUCCGAGUCUACACCAAACCCAAGGGUAAAAUGCCAGACUAUUCCGCACCUGUCGUGCUACGAUCCUCGAGGUGCACCGUCGAAGAUUUUUGCAACGCCAUCCAUCGCACUAUUGUUGAGCAGUUCAGGAAUGCCAUCGUUUACGGAAAGUCUGUAAAGCAUCAGCCGCAGCGUGUCGGCCUCUCUCAUGAGCUUGCUGACGAGGACAUUGUGACUAUUGUCAAGCGAUGAAACAUGGAUCCCGAUCCCCCACGCUCUGUCUCUCGAGCCGUGGAUUCGCCAUCUGGGAUGUCGGUCUCCUCUCGCACGCUGCUGCGAACACGAUUCUCUCUGUCGUUUCACAAGGCUUGAGAGGCUCCAAGACGUAGCGUUGACCCCCCAAUGACGGAGGGUGAAGACCGAUAAAAGGCCAAGGCCUUCAGAAAAUUAUACGGAUACUACGUGCGGACUUUGCUAGAUCCGCAGCAAUUACUUGCAAUUUCAUGAGAGCGGAUUUAUGGGAAAUACGACCCCGAUUCAAAUGCAGCAGUCUUCUGGCCGUGGCAUAUCGAUGGGUCGGCACUCGAGUGACGCUGUACUUUCAGCCAACCGGUCAACUCGUCAUCGAUUUACAGCGACUUAGUGACCGAUAUAGAGAACAAUGCUGUCUGGCAAGAUAGAUGAGAACAAG